AUGUCAGCACAUACAAUGCUUUUUGCAGGAACAUUUCUUGUUGCAUAUGUCAUCGCAUUUUCACUAAUUAUAAUUCCGACAUUCAUUAUGGAAGUUACGAUCGGUCAAUACAUACAGCGUGGUGCAAUGGAAGUGUGGGUGAUUUGCCCACUGUUCAAAGGAGUUGGAAUCGGCAAUGUUGUUUUAUCGUUUAUGUGUUGUUCGUAUUACUGUGUUAUCGUUGCCUGGGCUAUAUAUUAUAUGAUUUCAUCAUUUGCGGCCACAUUUCCAUGGGAAAAUUGUGACAAUUGGUGGAAUACGAUUCAGUGCAUCACCACGAAACAAAACUCAAAUUUGACAAUAGUGCAGGAACUGAAUUCAAAUCUAUCAGGAGUGGGUUUACAAACUGAAACGAGUGUUCAACAAUUCUGGGAACGCCGUGUGCUCAAACAAAGUGAUACAUUCUUUGAAUUUGGUGGGCUCCAACUGGAACUGCUUGGUUUAUUAUUUCUUGCCUGGUUCAUUGUUUACAUUGCACUGCGUAAAGGGAUCACAAAAGCUCGAAAAUUUGUAUAUUUCUGUGCGUUUUCUCCUUAUGUGCUUCUUAUUGUUUUGUUGAUUAGAGCAUUAACAUUACCUGGUGCAGGCAAAGGAUUAUCUUAUUAUUUUACACCUAAUUUCACUAAACUGGUGGAGACUACUGUAUGGCGAGACGCUGGAACACAGGUACUUUAUUCUUAUGGAGUUGGCUACGGAACCUUAACUGCCCUUGGUUCACACAAUUCUUUUAAUCAAAAUUGUUUCAGAGAUAGUUUCAUAACAUGCGCAAUCAAUGGAGGCACCAGUAUUCUUGCUGGUGUAGGUCUUGUUUUUCAAGCUUAUCCAGAAGUGGCUAGCAAUCUGCCAGUAAAACAAGUGUGGGCUGUAUUAUUCUUUUUUAUGAUAGUCAUUCUGGGCUUAGAUACUCAGGUGUGUAUUCUAGAAGGAUUUUUCACUGCUUUGGAGGACACUUUCCCAGCAAUCAGGAGAUUUAAAUCUGUGUCACUAGCGAUCACUUGCUUUAUUUUUUUUAUUAUUGGCAUUCCGAUGGUGUCACAGGCUGGUUCAUAUUGGUUGACAUUAUUUGAUGCAUAUGGUGCAAGCGGAAUUGCCUUAUUAUUCGUUGUAUUCUUUGAAGUUAUAGGAUUAGCAUGGGGCUUUGGGGCAAAAAAUAUUCGAAAUGCGUUAAAAGAGAUGAUCAGUCUAAAUAUGUCAAUUGUUUGGGAUAUUUUUUGGAAGUUUCUGACACCAAUAUCAGUAGCGGUACUAUUUAUUGUGUGCAUCGUAAAAUAUGAACCAUUAAGAUAUCCAACAGGUGAAAAUUUCCCAUCUAGCGCAGAGAUCAUUGGAUUUAUCUUGGCGCUUUGUUCAAUGAUUGUAGUACCAGCCUUCAUGGUGUAUUAUUUGUUAUUCAGAGAUAAGAAAGGAACGUUAAAAGAGCGAGUUAUCCGAGGAUUUAAAGCACCUCCACAUUUACGCACAGGACGACCGACAACUACACGCGUUGCUGAUAUUGGUAUGGAGCCAAAAUUUGGGGUUAUAUCUGCGUUUGGUUCUACAAAUGAUCUUAAGCAUCAGGAAAAGUUCCCAGCAAUAGCAAUUAAUGAGAGAGAUAUAGGUGUUCAUGCAUAG